UGAAAGUUAAAUUUGAAUAUGUAACAAGAAAACAACAAACAACAAUAUCUUUCGGAAACAGCUUUGAUUUUUCACUCAUACACACUCAGUACAUCAUCAUGUUGAGCGUUCUGCUGCUCUCGCUGAUGAUGGGUCAACAGAUGACGCCUGUGCCUGGACAGUAUGUGAACUGCAGCCUGUCGAGCGUGGAAUUGACUGCCUGUGGGCAGCUCAGUACGAAUGGAUGCUGCGCCAAGGGCUGCAUACGGAAUGCCCUGGGUAGGUGUGUCACGGAGCAAUGUACUGGCAGCUGGGAUGGCUGGCUACGUCGACCUUUGACCAUGUCCUGCUACUUUCACUGGUUCCUGCUCAUCUUUGCCGGCCUUAUAACAACUCUUAUGUCGACCGUCAUCAUCCUGAAUUUAAUUUUUGAGUUGAGACUGUAUCUGGAAAAGCGUCGUAUGCGCAGAUAUUUGCGGUUCAGUCCAAGCAACAGCCCAAGCAGCAGCAUAGUAUAAAAUUGUUGAUAGAAUCCAAAGUGGCAACGAGGCACUGGGGCAUCAAUCCAGAUCUUAAUGCACAUGCGUGCGGCAUAAAAACUGUGCGGGAUUUGGCAUAAUCUACAAUACAUUAGCGCUAGCUUUGCUCUGGCUUUCAAUUCAAUUCGUUGGGUAUCUCAACGGAAUCCAUGUAAAUUACGAUUUGGCACCUUGCUGCCACACACACACACACGCACACUCGCACAAACACACACACACACACACAUACACAC